CUGGCGGUGAACGGUUGAUAAACCUUCGAGGAUCUGAAAGGUUUAAAACGCCCUAAUUUGAGUCUCGUCGGGGUUUUCUGGUCUUCGCUCAGCAACAACACCAACAGCGAAACAGAACUACAGGAACUACCAAAACUACACUUCUCGAGCUGAAUUGCCAACAAUGGGCCUCGUCGCUGGCUCUGGGAACGCCACUCUCACAUUCACCUACGUCUCCUACGACUCAUCCGACCCGCUCGCGGCUUUCUUCGCCUGGAUAUCGCUCGUUCCCCAAACAAUUGGUGUCCUCGACGUCGCCUUCAUCCUCAGCCGUCGCGAGGCGGAAACAAUUCUAGUACUCUGCGGCCAGACGGCCUGUGAGAUUGCAAAUAUCCUGCUCAAGCUCGUGCUCGCGCAGGAGCGGCCACAACAUGGCUCGCAAUUCGGUUACGGAAUGCCAUCUGCGCAUGCGCAGUUCAUGUCUUUCUAUGCCACAUACAUAACACUGUGGAUGUUCUUCAGAGCCCACCAAUUUACACCAUUCAAGCGCUGGUCGCGAGCCAUCGGCCUCUACAUCCUCUCCAUCCUCGUCUGCAUAUCCCGCGUCUAUCUCUCCUACCACUCGACCGAGCAAGUUCUGGUCGGCUACCUCGUCGGCGUCAUCCUUGCCUGCAUCUACUUCUUCGCUGUAGUUCUCAUCCGCGAAUUCGGCCUGCUCGACUACCUGCUCGACUCGCCCAUCUGUCGCGCACUCUACAUCAAAGACACCGCACACUACAAAAACUUUGUCGCCGACGAGCACGCUGCCUGGCUUGCGUCGCGGCCGAGAAACGUCUACGCGUCAAAGUACGCCAGCUUUGAGAAGAAGCAGCGCACGAUCGUCGUCGUAGACUCUUCAAAGACGGACUGAGGGAGAUCAAGCUAGUUCAUACAUAGAAAUAAUUCCUCAGUAGCAGCUCAGCUCAGCUCAGAAUCAAAAGCAUGUUUACAUCUCAAAACUACUCGCACUUCCUCUUUGGUAAUCCCACGUGACCGCACCACA